AGACUAACCUACUAAUUUCCUUCUAUAAUAAUUAGCAAAUCAUGGCACUGAUCGUUUACUGGUAUGACUUUAUCUGCUUUGCGAUAGUCGCAGCUGCGAUCGUGGCGUCCUUGUGGUUUCUAUUGCGAAGAGAACGAGGCUGCUUAGGAAUUGAUGAUACGGCCUACUAUAGCUUUUUACUACUGCAUAGAUCGAAGGGGCUUGGUUCGGCUCGGUUGUGGACCAGUUGCUGGAGAAGGUUGCAUCCAGGAUGGCUUCUCUUCACUCGUUCCACCUCUUUUCUCUCCAUGGCUGCUUUACUGGCUUGGGACGUCAUCAAGUGGGACGCAAGCAUCUUCGUCUACUACACAGAAUGGACUUUCAUGCUUGUGAUCAUCUACUUUGCGAUGGGUAUUGUAGCUUCGGUAUAUGGUUGCUUGAUAUAUUCUAAUAAGGAGCUAACACUGGAAACUGGUGAAGAUGCGGUUGUAGAAAAGGUCGGAGUUGAAUUCAGGCAAAGAUUAGGGGUUUAUGGUUAUUUCAUGCAGACAAUUUUUCAGACAUGUGCAGGGGCUGUAGUGAUGACGGACAUUGUGUUUUGGCUAGUUAUAGUUCCUAACCUCUCAAAUGCUCACUUCGGGUUAAACACAUUGAUGAUUUGCAUGCACACGGCAAAUGCAGGCUUUCUCCUGCUUGAAACAGUUCUCAAUAGCCUUCCCUUCCCUUGGUUUAGAAUUGGAUAUUUCGUUCUAUGGAGUUGUCUCUACGUUGUUUUGCAAUGGAUAAUCCACGCAUGUGGCUUCACUUGGUGGCCAUAUCCAUUCCUCGAGCUCGAUAGACCAUGGGCUCCAAUAUGGUACUUGUGUAUGGCAAUUAUUCACAUCCCUUGCUAUGGAGCUUAUGCAGCAAUCGUAAUAGCCAAGAACUCAUGCUUCACCUAUCUAUUCCCAAAUGCUUUUGUAAAAUCAUAUAAUCCUAAUCUAUUCAUAAAACCAAACACAGCAAUAUCUGUAAUCUGAAGAUUUGAUUGUAUGAUCAAUCACGGAAUAAGAUUUGAAAGCAAUUUGAAUAACAGUACAGAAUUAGAGAGAGAGAGAGAGAGAGCAUAAUAUCCAUAACAAAAGACCUAGAUAUGAAAUUCAGAACCAAAGAUGUUCAACAUAAGAUCCAUAACAACAAAAAAAAACACAGUUCCAAAAUAAAAUAAAAAAAGCAGUAUCGAAUUCAAAAGAUAGGAAUAAGAGAGAGAGAGAGAGAGAGAGAGAUGAUAAA